GCCCGUUGACGCGCUGAGGUCCCGCCCCCGUCUGUCCAGACCAAUGAGCGCAGCCUUCGCGGGUCGAGGCGCGGUUCUGAGCGGUUCUGAGCUCCACGGCUGUGUGACAUCUGCGGAGUUCGGCCAGGCAGGUGGUCAUCAGAAUCUACCGGAACCAGCUAGAAGCCAGAACUCAGGUGCAGACGAACGAAUCAUCCAAGGGAGCAGAAAACAUGAAGAACCAUCUGUUCUCUGCAGGUUCCUGCAUCACCGACGUCAAAGAAAACUGUAGCCUGAAAAACCUCCUUUCACAGCAGGAAGUCGCAGCUCCUGCUCCUCAGCUCUCAAAGGGGAGGUGUGGGAGAAAACGACCUCUGGAGGAGGGCAACAGAGGCCACGCCCACCAUUACAAACCUAGGAAGAAGCUGCGACGGCCGGCCCCGCCCAAGAACGCCCUGACGCAGCUGAACGAGGUCCAGCCGGGGCUCCAGUACACGCUGCUGUCCCAAACCGGGCCGGUCCACGCGCCCCUCUUCGUCAUGAAGGUGGAGGUCAACGGGCGGUUCUACCAGGGGGCGGGGCCAACCAAGAAGAAGGCCAAGCUGAGCGCGGCGGAGAAGGCUCUACAGUCGCUGCUGCAGGUCCGCGGCACCGCUCAAGCUCCCCGGAAUUUGUCCGUCCACACAGACUUCACCUCUGAUGUGGCAGUUUUUCCCAGCAUCCUCUUUAAGGCCUUUGAGACCCCCGGCCCAUCCUUGCCGACACCUUCAGAUUCUCCCAGCUCCUUCUCCCCGAAAGGUGCCAAGAACCCGGUCAUGAUGCUCAAUGAGAUGCGUCCCGGCCUCCGGUACGACCUGGUCUCUGAGAGUGGGGAGAGCCAUGCCAAGAACUUCGUGGUGUCAUUGACGGUCGACGACCAGACGUUUCAGGGCUCCGGAAGGAACAAGCGACUGGCCAAAGCCCGGGCGGCGCUGGCCGCUCUGCAGGUGCUCUUCAACCUGCAGCCCGAGCGGGGACUGUCCAGACAGCCCAUACCCCAGGAUGGGCCGCAGCUCCACCUGCCACAGGUCCUGGCGGACGCCGUCUCUCGUCUGGUCCUCCAAAAGUUCAGCCAACUGUUGGACAACUUCACGUCUCCGCUCGCUCAGCGGAAAGCUCUGGCGGGAGUUGUCAUGACAACAGGUGAUGACGUGGAGCAGGCGGAGGUCAUCUGCGUAUCAACAGGAACCAAGUGCAUCAGUGGAGAACACCUGAGCGAGCACGGUUUGGCCCUCAACGACUGCCACGCCGAGGUGGUCGCCCGCCGCUGCCUCGUCCGCUUUCUGUACUCCCAGCUGGAGCUUUUCCUCAGUGAGGAUGAAGACGACCACCAGAAGUCCAUCUUCAGAAGAUGUGAGCGUGGGCGGGGCUUCAGGUUGAAGGACAAAGUUCAGUUCCACCUCUACAUCAGCGCCUCCCCCUGUGGGGACGCCCGCAUCUUCUCCCCCCACGAGGCGGGGGUGGAGGGUGAGCACACGGGGGUCCAAACUCCAGUGCCAUGUGACGUCUGCCGCUUCAUCUCCUCUCCGCCCGUCCCUUCAGAUCUGGGCGACGGACCUGCGAGCAGAAGGACCCGCGGAGGUCUGCGCACUAAGAUCCAGACCGGGGAAGGGACCGUCCCGGUUCCCUGCGGGGACCCCCGCCAGACCUGGGACGCGCUUCGACGGGGGGAGAAGCUGCUCACCAUGUCCUGCAGUGACAAGAUGGCCAGGUGGAACGUGUUGGGCUUCCAGGGCUCUCUGAUGAGCCACUUCACCGAGCCGCUGUACUUCUCCAGCAUCAUCGUGGGCAGCCUGUACCACGCCGCUCACCUGUCCAGGGCCAUGUACCAGAGGAUCGGCCAGCUGGAGGCUCUGCCGCCUGCUUUCUGCCUCAACCGGCCGCUGCUCAGCGGAAUAAGUAACACCGAGGCCCGGCAGCCUGGAAGGGCUCCAAACUUCAGUGUGAACUGGACCGUAGGAGACCGGGGUUUGGAGGUGAUCGACUCCACCACGGGGAAAGAUGACCUGGGUCGACCCUCCAGACUCUGCAAACGAGCCUUCUACCACGGCUGGACGCUGCUGCACAGCAGGACUUGUCCUUGUAGAAGCAGCUCUUGUCUCUGGAUUUGUCUUCAGCCAGUCUUCCUGUCAUGCAGCUGUCCUCCUCCCUGCGGCUCCACGCCGUGCGCUCCAGCAGCUACCACGAGGCUAAGCGUGCCGCCGUGGACCACCACUCCGCCAAGCAGACGCUCUGCAGAGCUUUAGCUGAAGCUGGACUGGGCUCCUGGGUCAAGAAGCCAGCAGAACAGGACCGCUUCAGCCUGAGCAGCUGCUGACUCUGUGGUUACCACGGAGACGGGCUUUUCUCCAGGAAUCCUUGAACACACGCCGCCAUCAAAAGUGGAGUUUAAUCAGCACAGAGGUGGAACUCCAGAAGAUUUCAAGCAAGUAUUUCUGAUCAAUUAGUCCUUUCUGGACUUUUUCUAAACAUGGAGAACGUUGAGUCAGCUGGUCCAACAGGAACCUUCAUUCUGGAGAAAAUGCUGCAGAAAAUACUUUUUGAUGUUGAUGAUGGUGGAAAUGUUUUCAUUUAUUGAUAUAAUUGUAUUGAAUUCUCUUUAUUUUCUUUAAACUUCAAGGAUCUUCAAUUAAAACAGAUUCAUUUUCAUCUGAUUUUGCCUGUAAUGCACCUUAACUCCACAGCGCCACCUGCAGGAGGUCAGUCCUCAGACAUGGAGCUCAUUCAUGCUGAAGUAGAAUUAUUGGGAUUUCAUUCACUUCAAAUAAAGUUUUCAUUUUCAA